GGUGGGGGGGUGGGUUUGGGGGAUGAAGAUGGGCUGUCUCGGCAACAGCAAGACGGAAGACCAACGCAACGAGGAGAAGGCCCAGAGGGAAGCCAACAAGAAGAUCGAGAAGCAGCUCCAGAAAGACAAACAGAUAUACCGCGCCACUCACCGGCUUCUACUACUAGGGGCUGGCGAAUCUGGGAAGAGCACAAUAGUCAAGCAGAUGCGGAUAUUGCACGUCGAUGGCUUCAACGCAGAGGAGAAAAAGAAAAAAAUACAUGAUAUUAAAAACAACAUUAAAGAAGCUAUAGAGACCAUCGUGUCCGCCAUGAGGACACUCACGCCACCAUGCCAGCUCGCCUGUUCUGCCAACCAGCCGUGCAUUGAUUAUGUCCUCCACCAAAUCAACCAGAAGGAUUUCGAGUUUCCAUCGGAGUUUUAUGACCACUCAAAGAUCCUCUGGCAGGACGAUGGCGUGCGGGCCUGCUGGGAGAGGUCCAACGAAUAUCAGCUCAUCGACUGUGCGCAGUACUUCCUAGACCGAGUGGAUGUGGUUCGCCAACACGAUUACACGCCAACCGACCAGGACCUGCUGAGAUGCAGAGUGUUGACAUCUGGCAUCUUCGAGACAAGAUUUCAAAUAGACAAAGUCAAUUUUCAUAUGUUUGACGUGGGUGGUCAGAGGGAUGAGCGUCGAAAAUGGAUCCAGUGUUUUAAUGAUGUGACAGCUAUCAUUUUUGUGGUGGCGAGUAGCAGCUACAACAUGGUGAUCAGAGAGGACAAUCAGACCAACAGACUGCAGGAGGCUCUCAAUCUUUUCAAGAACAUAUGGAACAAUAGGUGGCUACGGACCAUCUCCGUCAUCCUCUUCCUGAACAAACAGGACCUCCUCGCCGAGAAGGUCUUGGCAGGGAAGUCAAAAAUUGAGGAGUAUUUUCCUGAGUUUGCACGCUACACGACGCCCGACGACGCAAUACCAGAGCCGGGCGAAGAUCCGCGUGUCACAAGGGCAAAGUACUUCAUACGGGACGAGUUUCUGAGGAUCAGCACAGCCAGCGGGGACGGUCGGCAUUACUGUUACCCCCACUUCACCUGCGCCGUGGACACAGAAAAUAUCCGGCGCGUCUUCAGCGACUGUCGCGACAUCAUUCAGAGGAUGCACCUACGGCAGUACGAGCUCUUGUGAUGGGGCGUCUCCCACAAUACCACCCUCCCACCAUUCCCCACGCUGCCUUUCUGCUCCCCUUCCUUCCGUCUUGCCUCCCAGGACCAUUAACCCAGUCGGCAUCCAUAAUUCAACAGAACCUGAAUGAAGGAAGACGACUUUGGAACACACACUCUCACACACUACAGUUUUAACAUCUCCUGAAGACUCAAUCCAAAAGUCAGUUCUGAGUUUGUUUAUUCACCGUGUGCUGACCACCAAUCAGGAGGUGGAGAAGAUGAGCGAAAUAUGAUUUUUUUGAGAGGGGUGUUUUGGGGGUUUUUGCACAGGGGUGGACAGAUGGGACGCCACAAUUUUCAUGUAGGAAUGAUGUAAGCCAACCAGAGGGGGGGGAAAAAAGCUAAGCUAAAUAUAUACAGUAUAUAUAAAUAUUUAUAUAUGAGUGUAUAUAAAUAUGUAUAUAUAAAUAGAAAUAUUCUAUAUAUACACACACACACAAAAGACAGCCCCACCCACACCUGCCUUCAUCAACACAUUCCCCCCUACCUUACCACCACCCGCCUCUGGCUUCACGUCUUUAUGUUACUGCUGGAAUAUUAUUCUUGUACAGACUGUAAAAUGAAUUAUUUUGUACAACUCUAUUGAAGAAGAAGACGGCGACGACGAAAAAAAUGACUUGUAGAAGAUCCCUGUGCCUUGAUCACGACUGUACGUGUGUAAAAAAAAUCAAACAAACAAAAAAAGAGCUAAUAUGUAAGUUAUGUUUUCACUGCGCUGUACAGCUGGACGGCCGUGGCGGAGGCCUUUUGUCUAUCGCUUUGUUUCUAUUUUUGUUUUCUCUCCCCUUAGGUUUGUUCAUUUUUGCUUUGACUCCUGGUUUAUAUAAUGGGAUUUGAAAAAGAUAAGGAGACACGCCACAUUAAUGCUGUGUAGUACAAAUACUGAAGCUUAACACAAGUUAAUAUAUAUAAAAUAUGUCAGAUUUUAUAUUUUAUAUAUGUACACGUAUUAUCUUCCCUUCUGUGAGCGCUCACCAUUUUCCCUUUUUCUGCAGACAUGGGUGCAGGGUUUUGGACUUCAGUUUUUUAUUCUAUUAUUAUUUUAGCUUUAACUGUUUGCAGGGGAGGGAACAAUACAAUUGCAAAACAUUUGCUUGUUUCUACAUAAACCAAAUUCUUUUUU